AUGUUCUCAUCUUCGUGGCAACAAGUUCCCAAGUUUGUGGUGCAGCAGGUGCGUACUGCAACCAAGCGUGCAGCAGGUUCUCGUACCAGUAUGAAGGACUCUGCUGGUCGUAGAUUGGGUCCAAAAAAAUACGAGGGUCAAGCCACUCAAGUUGGUGAGAUCAUCAUGAGACAACGUGGUACCAAGUUUUAUCCUGGUGAAAAUGUAGGCAUCGGUAAAGAUCAUACGCUUUUCGCUUUGGAGCCGGGUUAUGUGAGAUACUAUUUGGAUCCAUUUCAUCCAGGUAAGAAAUUCAUUGGUGUAUCAUUAUACAAGGAUGUAAAGCUUCCUUUGCCGCAUUUCGAACCACGUUUGAGAAGAUUCGGCAAGGCCAUCAUUGAGGAUGAAGAGAAAGCCAUUGCAGAAGAGAACGCUUUACCAAGAAAGAUUUAUUUGCUGAAGGAUGAAUUGAUCAAGAAACAGCAAGAACGUGAGAUUAAACGUGAAGAGUUGAAGGCAGAAUACAGCAAGAUAAUUUCAGAUCUGAAAGUUGAGCUGGAUCAACAAGAACUUGCGUUUGCAUUACCAUAUUUGCUCAGAUGGAGAACUUGUUUGAAGAAUGGGUUCAAUGAAUCCGAUGCCCGAUUUAAUUCGUACUACUAUUUGGAACAAGAACUUAAAUUGAAGAUGAGAAACCAAGAAAAAUCUAAGUUGGACGACAAACUAACAUUGUUGAAACAGGUCUCGACCAAAUUGAAUGAAUCAUUGUCAUUUAACAACAAGCUUGAAUUAACUAAAUACAUUUCUCCAGAAGAAAAGAAUACUCUAAAGACACAACUAAUUACUGAUUUGAAGGCAAUUGAUAUUAAGGACAAGAACAGUAAGAAGCAAGUACUAGCCAAGUUUACUGAUGCAAAGAACUUCUUGACGUUAUCUGAAGAGGUGAGACUACGCAGAAAAUUCUUGAAGCCAGUGAAACCAGAAACAGAAUUGAAGAAAUUGGAAGAACCACUCAAACCUUCCAAGAAAAAUCUAACCACCAGACGUUACAACUACGAACAAAACACGAUAGAUGUCAUUACAAGACCAAAGACCGAUUUCUUGAGCAAAUUGUAA